UUCUUGUUACACUGAACACAUGCCAGUCUUUCAAUUGCAUUCAACGUUAGUUCACAAGAAAGUAGUAAAAUACCUCUAAGGCCGCGUCCAAAACAGUAAACUGGUGGCUGGACCAACGGAAAACAAGAUGAUGUAACGAAGAAUGAACAGAAGCACCGAAGAACAUAGGCUUUCCACCCGUGAGAUGGAAAAGGAGUGAAAGUGAUCAGUGUGUUGGGAAGGUGUGCGAAGAGCGCCCAAAGGUUGCGUCUUACGUCUACACCUGUCCUCUGUGAAUAACAAGUGAGACAUUGAUUCAAAAGGUCUUCUGUUUAUCAUGUACUAUAAUACAACCAUGUGACGACUAGAGGCGAAGAUGCAUUUGGAGUGUAAAAAGAAAAGACUUCGACGAAAUUAACGAAGAGGAUCUCUUGUGAGUUACAAAGAGGCUGUACCUACGACCGUCACUCUGCACGAUCGCCUUCAGAAGCAGAGUAAAAGAACGUCACCACACGCGCACACACACGCGCGCACCCUAUCCACCAACCACAAGAAAUAAACAUCCAAAAAUAUCCACCCAAUCCACCCAGCCAUAAUCCACAAUGAGCCUCGAAAGGGCGGGUCCCUCUUCCCGGUAUGUGGAUUACACGCAGUCCAGCCACAGUGGAUACCGUCCCUCGUCGGUCUCCAGCUACGAGUACCCGCCCGAGAGACCGCCCCGUCGGGAGAGGGACCGACGGGAGCGCAGCAGGUCCAGGGACUCCUCCCGGGAGCGGUACCCCGGGGGCAGAGGGGUGUACUACAACCCGGGCAUCGAGGAGGACCGAGCCCCGAGCGACAGAGCCGAGAGCGAGUUCACCGUCAGGAACGAGGCCGUGAUCAACCCGCAGCUGGAUGAGGAGGAGCGGAGGGCGGCGUCGCGGGCGGCCUCGGAGAUCUACGCGUCGACCAGGAUGCCGCGCCCGCAGUCUGAGAUCAGGUGA